AUGUCACCCAAGGACGACAAGAAGAAGAAAGAUGCUGGAAAGUCAGCCAAGAAAAACAAAGACCCAGUGAACAAAUCUGUGGGUAAAGCCAAAAAGAAGAAAUGGUCCAAAGGCAAAGUCUGGAACAAGCUCAAUAACCUAGUGUUGUUUAACAAAGCAACAUAUGACAAACUGUGUAAGCAAGUUCUCAACUAUAAACUUAUAACCCCAGCUGCUGUUUCUGAGAGACUGAAGAGCCAAGGUUCCUUGACCAGGGCAGCCCUUCAGAAGCUCCUUAGCAAAGGGCUUAUUAAACUAGUCUCAAAGCACAGAGCUCAAGUGAUUUACACCAGGAACACAAAAUGUGGGGACACCCCAGAUGCUGGAGAAAAUGCAUGA